GAGCCGUCAUCGGCUGAUGACGCACACUGAGCGCCGGAAGUGCGAGAAGUUGGCGUCAGGGUCCGCUAUGGCAGCGGCCUUGGCGCGCCGUAACCAUGUGUGGGUCGGCACCGAGACCGGGAUCCUGAAAGGGGUGGACCUCCAGCGGAAGCACGCGGCCAACUUCACGACCACUGGGAAGCCUCAGCGUGAGGCGGCGGUGAGCGCCCUGUGCUGGGGCGCGGGCGGCGAGACCCAUAUCCUGGUGGGCUGCAUGGAUCGAACGGUGAGGUGCUUCAGCACCGAGGAAGGGGCGUUCCAGGGCCAGAGGCGCUGCCCAGGCGGGGAGGGCGCGUUCCGGGGCCUCGCCCAGGCUGGCGGCAUGCUCAUCACGUGUGUGGAUUCCGGGGUCCUCAGAGUUUGGUGUGGCGACGACAAGGAGGCACCCUCCGACCCACUCUUGGAACUGAGGGUGGGUCCUGGGGUGUGUAGGAUGCGCCAGGACCCGGCACGCCCCCACGUGGUUGCCACUGGGGGGAAGGAGAAUGCCCUGAAGGUGUGGGACCUGCAGGGGUCAAAGGAGCCCCUGUUUAGGGCCAAGAAUGUGCGGAAUGACUGGCUCGACCUGCGGGUACCGAUCUGGGACCAGGACAUACACUUCAUCCCUGGAUCGCAGAAGCUCAUCACAUGCACAGGGUACCACCAGGUCCGUGUCUAUGAUCCUGCCUCCCCCCAGCGCCGGCCAGUCCUAGAGACCACCUACGGAGAGUAUCCACUGACAGCCAUGAGCCUCACUCCUGGGGGCAACUCCAUUAUUGUAGGGAACACUCAUGGGCAGCUGGCAGAAAUUGAUUUUCGGCAAGGUCGCCUGCUGGGCUGUCUGAAGGGGCUGGCAGGUAGUGUCCGAGGGCUGCAGUGCCACCCUUCAAAGCCACUGCUGGCCUCCUGUGGCUUGGACAGAGUGUUGAGGAUACACAGGAUCCGGAACCCACGCGGAUUGGAGCAUAAGGUUUAUCUCAAGUCUCGACUGAACUGCCUGCUCCUGUCAGGCAGGGAAAACUGGGAGGAUGAGCUGGAAGAACCCCAGAAGCCUAGCGAGGAGCCCCCCGAAGACUCGGACGUGGACGAGCUCUGGGCAUCCUUGGAGGCAGCUGCCAACGGGAAACUCCCACGUUCAGACCAGACCCUGAGGGCCCCCGGGGCCCAAAAGAGGAACAAGUGUCCCAGAGCCGGCGGCCUCUGCGUCCCCAGCCCUCAAUAAACCAUUUCCCACCCGCUG